CUGCGCGCAGAGUCGACACCAAGAGUUGUACAGAGUCGGGGAAACCAGAGAAACUUUACCCGAAGCAAGAAGAAAUGGGUGGUUCGGACGCAGGUUCGGAGUGCCCGAAGCAUCCGAACCACGAGAAGCUCCCCGGAGUGUGCUCGUCGUGCCUCAGAGAGAGGCUGUCCCAGCUCUUCGCCGCCUCCGAGACGAGCGCCUACUCUUCCGCGACCUUCGCCGCCUCGGCUUCCCUCGACUCCUCCUCCUCCUCCUGGCGCUUCUCCUCCGCGUCCUCUUCCUUCUACCACUCGCCCCCGCGGCAUCGCGGCGGCGGCGGGGGAGGGCGACGCCACCAGAGGAACGCGUCGGAGGCGAUCGGGUCCGUCUUCCUCGCGGUGAGCAUCGGCGGCGGCGGGGGGGAUCGCGACGGCCGGGGGCUGAGGAAGAGCAGAUCGGUCGCGGUCGUGCCGGAGAAGAAGCGAGGGUUUUGGAGGCGGCUGCUGCUCUUGAAAGGAGGGAGGAGCCGGAAGGAGGACGGGUCGGGGCUCCGUCGCCCGAGGCCGGUGAAGGAGAUUUUGUAACAUGGUAAACAUAGACUACGACGACGACGAUGAUUCUCAAUAAGCGAAAAGCAGCCAACGGCUGAAUCAUUGUAAAGCUUUGGUCUCCACCUGAAUACAAAAUCAUUUGCAUAUAA